GAAUUGACAGGUUGCUUAUCUCACCUGAAUGGAGUGAAAUGUUCAAUGCUAUCAAACAGUUCCCACUGCCUAGAGUGUUCUCUGACCACAAGCCCAUCGUCUUGGAAAGUGGGGAUUGGGAUGCUUCACCCUCUUACUUUAAAUUUGAGAAUAUGUGGCUAUAGUCAAAUGGUUUCCUAGAUAUGGUAAGAGAUUGGUGGAACUCUUACAUUGUUAUGGGCACUCCUGAUUUUGUCCUGAUCCAGAAGCUAAGGCACUUAAAGAAGGAUAUUACAAAAUGGAACAAAGAAGUUUUCGGUAAGCUUGAUACUCAAAGACACAAAUCUCUCAUGGAACUUGGAAAGUUGGAUCAAAUUGUUGAGCAAAGACCUUACACUACUGAGGAGAAUUUGAAGUUGCUUGAUUUGAAAAUUGAGAUUCAGCAGAUUGCCAUCGCUGAAGAGAUCUCAUGGAGGCAAAAAUCUAGGUGUUUAUGGCUGAAAGAAGGUGAUAAAAACACUAAAUUCUUCCAAAGAAUGGCCAACUCUCACCGAAGGAGUAACUGCAUUGAUAAAUUGAGAAUUGGGGAUGUUCUAAUCAAAGACAAGGGGCUGAUUAAGGAAGGUAUUCUAGAUUAUUACCAAAAGCUAUUUCAGGAGGAAGAGACAUGGAGACCUACAACUGUUUUUGAGGGACUCUCCACUAUCAGUGCUAUAGAAAAAGAGGAGCUUGAGCUUCCUUUCAAUGAGCAGGAAGUGUCAUAAGCCCUUAAAUCUUGUGCUCCAGACAAAGCCCCAGGCCUGAUGGCUUCACCAUGGCCUUCUUUCAGAGAUCAUGGAGCUUCAUCAAAUCUGACCUAAUGGGAGCACUAAACUUCUUCCAUCAG